AGCAGGGAACCCUGUAAAACCUGUAGGACAGCAGCCCUUGAGGACCGACUUUAGGCAUGCCUGCCCUAAAACUUGACAACAAUAAAAAAAAAAGAAGAAAAAAAACACUUCUUUUUUGUACAAAAAAAUCUUUAAACAGCAAUGUAUAGUAAGAAGGAGCUGAAACUUUUUAAAUAUCUCUUACAGAGAUUAAAGAUGUCAACAAACAUCAGAGGAGUCUGUGUCGCUCUGCUGCUAACUCUGACCUCAGUGUACGCUGCACGGAGAAGUCUGAACUGCAUCAAUGACCUGAUCAACUGCCACCAGUCUGAGCGCACAAACGUUUUAGAGCUCCUUCACUGGUUUGCUUGUGAAAUUGGCAUUGAUCAGUACAACAACAUCCGCCUGACUUUUGAUCCAAAUUCUGGUGCUUACGGCUCCCAUCGAUACAUAAACCAGGAGGGAGUGCUGGAUCAACUGCCUCCGGGGUACCAAUACUACACUAUUGGUAAUAUUCAUCGAGAUAGAUCAGGAACACUACCAUCCUAUGUGGUAAAUUCCCAGAGGGAGAACAUUGCCUGGAACAGCCCCCGAAUCCUAGUUAGAGUGAACGAAUACAGUCAGACCACAGACCAAGUCUACAUCACUCAGCAUUAUGACCCAUCUGAUAACCAGGGCUCUGUCUAUGAUUCAGACCAUACAUACAGGAUCACUACAAGCUUUUUGAGGCAACUUAAGAAGUAUUCGAUUAAUAAAAUCCAACAACUAGCUAUUCCCCAACCUGGUCCCUUUAGAAACUCCUCAAGUGAUAAUUGCCAGGAAGAUCACAACCCUGAAGAAAACAUCCACAUAGAAAUGCAUUAUACCCCAACUACCCAAGGUGACUGUCCAGACUGUCAAUCCAUUUGUAUAUGUUUUGUUAUUGUCAUCAUCAUCAUCAUCUUUUUGAUCAUUUUAGGCUCUUACUUUUAUUCAAGGAAAUAGCAUAAUAUCGAAUAAGUGGAAGGGAAACUUCUCAGAUUAACCUAAAAAAAUACAGCUAACUAUUACUCCAUUUACACUAGCCUUU